AUGGUUUCGAAUAAUUCAAGACUUGAUAUUGAAUCAGCUCGCGACUAUUGCAAAGAGUGGCUCCGUCGAUACAUGAUUCCAUCUCACUUUAUUGUACUCGACGAGUCUUCAUUAAAUGAAAAUGGGAAAAUAGACAGAAAACAACUACCAUCCGCACCAAGUAACGUGCCAAGUGGGUUUGUCAACGCUGAUGAAGGACUAAUGUCUGGAUUAGAAGAUCAAGUACAUCGUUUUUGGUGUUCCAAAUUUGAACUCGACUCCAUUCCUCGUGAUGCUGAUUGCUUUGCAUUGGGUGGUUCAUCUCUGACGAUGAUGCUAAUUUUCAACUACUAUCAAGCUAAUCUUGUUCCAGAGAAACAACUUGAUGAUCUCGAAUUUUUCACUCAUCCAACAAUUGCCGACCAUGUUCGACUUCUGACCAGCAUUAAGACAAAGACACCUUCUAUAUAA